AUGACCGUGUUUCGGCUCGGUGAGAAUCAAAAACAAGACGUUGAUCACGCUAUUCUGACGGCUCUAUUGAAAGGGCAGAAUCUGUCGGCACCGGAUCAGCUGGCGUUGGCACUUGCAUGGAAUCGUGUCGAUAUAGCGCGUUCGGAUAUUUUCGUUCUUGGGCAGGAUUGGCCUAAAGCCGCGUUGAAUAACGCAAUGAUGGAGGCACUUAUAAACGAUCGAGUUGAUUUCGUGCGAUUGUUAAUUGAAAAUGGUGUCAGCAUGCACAAAUUCCUUACUGUUAGUCGUCUCGAAGAACUGUACAAUACGGAUCGUGGUCCGCCGAAUACUUUAUAUUAUAUUGUGCGUGAUGUGGUAAAAAUACGGCCUGGCUAUCGCUAUCGCAUUCCGCACAUUGGUCUUGCCAUUGAGAAAUUGAUGGGAAAUGGCUUUAAAUCGUCGUAUACCUCAGACUCGUUUCGAGCAAAAUAUUCAUCGUUUCGGAAUAAAAUUAAGGUCGCGUCAUCGGAGAAUUUCACUGGGUUACCAAGUGUGCCACUCACUUCAGACCCAGCUUUGGCCGAUACUGUAAUGGCGGCUCUCUCAGGGAGUCGUGCACUCAGCAAUCACAUUUUGUGGAGGUCUGCAUUUAGACGAGAUAAUCCGUUGAGCGGGUUGAAUUCUAUGUUACCGCCUCAGCUGAAGGAUACCAAAGAUACAAUCGUCGAUAUCGAUGACGAUUCUCCUGAUCUGACAUUCGAAGAGCACGACGAUGAUUUCCGUUAUCCAUUCAGUGAAUUAUUCCUAUGGGCCGUUCUAACGAAACGUCAAGAAAUGGCUCUUUGUAUGUGGCAACACGGUGAAGAAGCUAUGGCUAAAGCUCUUGUCGCAUGUCGACUUUACAAAAGUUUGGCUCAAGAAGCAGCCGAAGACUAUUUGGAAGUGGAAAUUUGUGAGGAACUGCGUCAGUAUGCCGAUGACUUUAAGAAAUUAUCGCUGGAAUUAUUGGAGCAUUGUUAUCAUCACGAUGACGCUCAGACUUUGCAGUUGUUGACGUAUGAACUGUCGAAUUGGGGCAAUGAAACUUGUCUUUCGUUAGCCGUCAUGGUCAACAAUAAACAGUUUCUGGCUCAUCCAUGUUGUCAAAUUCUUCUCGCUGACCUAUGGCAUGGUGGUUUACGAAUGCGAAGUCACUCGAACCUAAAAGUAGUUAUGGGUUUGCUGUGUCCACUAACGAUAUUUUUGCUCGAGUUCAAGAGUCGUGAAGAGCUGAUGUUACAGCCGCAGACGGCGGCUGAACACGAAAACGAUAUUAAUGAUAGCUCGAGCUCGUCCAGCUCAAGUUCAUCCGAAAGUGAUUCAUCAUCUGACUCCGACUAUAGUUCAGAUGAAGAUUCGGCGCAGGGUGAUCAGGAUGCAGAAAAACGCAAGGUCUCAUCGGGCAGUGUUCAGUCGCUUAAUCUGGCCGGGGUACUGAUAUUGAUGCUGAUUUUUCGUUUUCUUUAUAAAAACUUAUUUCAAAGUCGUCGUAAGCGUGGUAAUAAGCAAAAUCGAGACACCAAUCCUCCGAACUCGUCACAAGCGCUCAGCGUUGAUGUUGAGACCGGUAAAGGGCCAUCAGCUCAGCAAAAAGGAACCUCGGAAACGCUUGGCUCUGAACUGCAACCAACCAAACGAAAACGUACAGUUUCAAUGCAAAGUACACACAGUCAUCAGUUCUUCUCUGGUGCAAGACGAGGUGUGUCCAGGCAAAGUUCUACGAAUAAAACUUACAAGCAUGAGCAUCACCACCGUCAUCACACUGAUAAUACGUCGUUAUCGCACGUUCCCAACGGUGUCUGUCCACAGCAUACUUCCGGUGCAGCUGCAGUUCAUCGUAGAUUUGCCAAAUCAUCGAGCGGCAACGAGCUGGAUUCACCCAAUAAAAAUGCCUUCAACACUGUCUUCAGUUUAACCGCUCAAGCUUUACCACGAACAGUAUGUUUCCAUUUUUUUCAAGAUACGAUCGCAAACAACAAGCACUAUUUGAAAACGUUGAAUAUCAAUGUUCAUUUGUCACCGUUAUUUCCAUUUGAGCGUCCAAUCAAAAUACGGCGAAGACUAUACGAAUUCUACGUAGCUCCAGUGACAACGUUCUGGGCAUGGACAUUAAGCUUCAGCGCGUUCAUCUGCUGUUAUACGUAUAUUCUUUUGAUCAGAACCCCGAUUGAACCGACCGUUCUGGAAUGGUUCAUAUUCGUCUAUAUGAUUGCGUUCGGAUUGGAACACGUUAGAAAGUAUUUGAUGACUGAUCAGGAUACACUGUUGGAAAAGUCUAAAUUUUUCUUUACGAAUAUAUGGAAUAUUCUAACGACAAUAGCCCUGAUAAGCUAUUUUAUUGGAUUUUGGCUUCGAUUGAAUCCAUCAACCGCGUACGUUUCUGCUUCAUGGGGACGGGUGAUACUGGCUUGUAACUCGGUGCUGUGGUCAAUCAAGUUACUCGACCUAAUGAGUGUUCAUCCUAGAAUGGGUCCGUAUAUUACGAUGGCUGGAAAAAUGAUCCAGAAUAUGGUUUAUGUCGUGAUUCUGCUGUGUGUGACGAUGCUUGCCUUUGGUCUCGCACGUCAAUCAAUCACGUUUCCGAACGAGGAUUGGCAUUGGUUGUUGCUAAGGAAUAUAUUCUAUAAACCCUACUUCAUGCUCUACGGAGAAGUUUAUGCGGAUGAAAUCGAUACGUGUGGUGAUGACGAGAGCGUUCUGUGUAACGUCACCAACCGCUCUUUGAAAUUUUCAGCAUGGGACAUUCAUAUGGAAGAACAACUGCCUAUUUCCCAAGUGCAUAACGGCUCAUAUGGUUGGUGUUUGGAAUUGAAAUCAUCGCAGUGUGUGCCAGGCUAUUGGGUGCCACCCUUAUUAAUGACAGUGUUUCUGCUCGUUGAUAACAUCUUACUGAUCAGUAUGCUUCUCGCUAUAUUCAACAAUAUAUUCGACAAAACUGAUAAGAUGGCCAAGCAGAUUUGGCUCUUCCAACGUUAUCAUCAAGUUAUGGAAUAUGAAAGUACGCCGUUUUUGCCACCACCGUUCACACCAAUCUAUCACUUUUGGAUGAUUUGGAAAUAUUUACGAGUGAACAGGGGAUGUCAGCCACAAAACAGUUCGAAGUCGAAAACGAAUUUAUUCGAUUUCACAUUGAAGUUAUUCUUGAAUGACGAUCAAGUGGAGAAAAUUCAUGACUUCGAAGAGGAUUGUAUGGAGGAUUUGGCACGCGAGAAAGAAUUCAAAAAGAACACAUCAAAUGAAGAACGCAUUCAUCGAACUGCUGAUCGAACGGAUCAAAUAAUGGUUCGAAUUAAUGAUCUGACGACAAAAGGAUCGGUGAUGAAAAGUAGUGUUCGAGAGCUGGAUAAUCGUUUGGAGUCGAUCGAAAACCGACAAACUGAAAUCUUGGAGUGCCUGCGUCAAAUGGCUAAUGCUAUCCCGAUGUUGAUCGCCAAACCUACGUCCCAACAGGGAGCUGGAGGAUCUCAGAACAUUGCUCGAUCACCCUCCGUGCCGCCAACAAUAACAAUCGAUCAAGAUUAUGAGAAACAAUCUCAGCAUGAACAGAACGUGCCCAUUUCAUCACAACAACAACCGUUCGAUAGAGCUCAAUCCCCACUCUAUUCUGAAACGCCUCCUGAACAACCAGCUGCGACGUCACUACCAUCUGCCCCCACCGUAUUCAAAGACCAAUUCCCAGAACCCACUUCACAGUUAGUGAAGCGACGUCUUCGUACGUUAACGACAACAGCUUGUGAUGACAUUAUACCAGUAUCUCCGACCACUAAAGAAAGGUUGACGCAUUUUGGAAGUUUGAUUUCGUUAGAUCCGAAAAUAUUGAAUCAAAUGACCAGUAGUCCGAGUAAUCUGGCUAAGAAACGUAGUAAUUGUGGAAGUAUUCGAAGACCACGGCGUCACGAUGAAUACACUUCGAUAACAGACGCGAUCAGUAUAGUUGAUAUUUUACCAGAAGCUACGAGCCCGAAUGAUGAGGACGACGAGGAGACUCAACGACAUUUUGAUGGUACCUCCACGCCGAUAACCACUUUGAAACGGGCCAAGAAAAGUUUUGUUCGACGUCAAAAUAGUGUGUUGAAAGAAUACGAAGAGGAAUUGGCUGAACGAAUGCGUGAUGCGACGACCAUUCAUCGGAAGUCGAAUGAUGUCUAUUCGACUCUUCAAAAGCAAAUCGCACAGACCGAAGAAAAUGAUGGUGAUGACGAAGAGUUGGACACUGGCAGUUUAACGGAACCGGAGCUUAAAGAUCUGGUCGAUGACGAAGAAGACGAAAUCAACUCCAGCAAGGAAUAUAUCGAAUUCUCUGUGUCGAAACACCCCGAAAGCGAGUCGAUCAGUAGUUCAGUGGCUCCCUCAAGAAGUCCAUCACUUGGAGGCAGGAAAGGAAAACAUCAGACCAGGCGGACUACAAACGAUCCUACGAAGUCGUCAUCAAGAAAUGCCCAUUGCAGUCUAAGCAUAACAUCACCCACACCUCGAUCAUCCUCGUCAAACAGUAGUAAUGGCAAUAAUACUGCUCGAGACUACGCUACACCUCACCACCAUGAUCUAUCCUCAUUUACAGCACCACACGCACACAAGAAUGCUCCGCAUCAUCAUGCCUCUCCGUCUCAUCAUCAUCAUCAUCAUAAAUCUUCUAAUGCGAAUAAUAAGAAACAAUCAGGUUUACAACAUGAUCAGAUGGUCAGUCAUGUUUGA